AGGUUUAUUCACUCCCGACCGCUCUUCACCUAAUUUGCCAUCGUCGAUUUUGAUGUUGAUAAAGUAAGUAUGUAAAGUACAAUACUUUAGAAGGGCGAGUUGUACUAGUGCCACUACCUCCUCAAUGUACACUCGUCUCAGUGAAGAUUUUUUGGCCGCAAAGUUGAAGCCCCGGAGAGUUGUCUGAAAUCCAUUCUGAAGCCACACCAGAAUUAUAAACCAUGGGCAACAGUCCUUGCUGCUUGACUGGCGGGCGGAACCGCUACAGCCAGGUCGACGAAUCCGAGUUCAUUCCCGAGAACUCCCUGGCGUGGUGGGACCGCGUCGGCAGGAUAGGCUCGGAACGGUGGCAGGACCUGACGCGGUUCAUUCCGCAGUCACUGCGAACCAUCUGGCUGCACCCUGGGAUCGACGAGUUUGGCUACUACACUAGCGACGUAACAACGAUAACGAGGAAUAAGGCGAAGAGGCCAAAGCAGGGCGAGAAGCGGAAGGUGCUGCAAAUCAUCAACGUCGAGAAACUGCUCGUGAGAGUGGUGCGGCCGAACUCCCAUGGCGAAAUCGCGCUUAUCACCGUCCCGGCGGCCAACGUGUUUUUCGUGAACCACUUCGGGCACCAGCAGAUACGAUUGGGGAAGUUAAAGAACAAACCAGAAUACAAUAACGCGAAAGUCCUCGCUUUGGAGAAGCCAGUGACGUUAUUGUGCGAUGAGUACGUUGCGGACAAGUGCUCCCCCCCGACCGCGCUGAUAUUAACAGCGGACAAGGCGUAUCAGCUUUUUCAGAGUCCGUUCAACAAUCCAAACAUUCCCGAGGAACUGUUGCUGAAAAGCGGGCUGUCCGAAGGCUCCGUCGAAAAUUUUUUCGGCGACGUAGAAGAGACGCUGCGAAGGAAUUCCUACGACCAGGAGGAGAUGGCCACCUUACAGAUUAGAAUGGAUAACCUGACCAACCUAAACGAGGGACAGCGGUCAAAGAGAAAACGGCUUCUAAGGCGCCUGUCAGAGGAGUUUGCGAAUCGGAGUGAGAAUGUUGCACCGGCAGAAGAUAGUGCAGAACACACGGAAAUAGGACUACAGAAUCAACAAAGAAUAUAAAGAAAAAAAGUGUAGUCUGGUGAAAGUAGCGGCUAAUAUCAACAUUGCCAUGAGCAGUGUCCUGUCUUACGCAACCCCAAGCGACCUCGAGAAUCGAUACAUGAGAAGCGAU